AUCUCAUCGGUGAGUUCUCUCUCUCUCUCUCUGCAUGUAUUGAUCGGGGAUAAAUGUGGAGAUUAUUCGAUUAUAAACUGAGCUAUGAUCUUCUCUUGCUUGUAUGGAUGAUUUCGGUUUAGUAUGUCAUAAGUAUGCGUUGAUAGUUUAUUUCGAUGUCUACUGAUGCAUAUGUUGUGCAAAUUACGAGGUUCUCUUCGUGUUCAUGUUUAUGAUAGAUGUAUGCAUCGGAAUAUAGUAAUACUUGUACUCAAUCCCCAAGGGUUGGCGUGGUGGUCAAAGUCUAACACUUGGGAUUUGCCACCUGCUCGAUCUAAGAUUCGAAACCUCGUAGGUCCUAUCAACUCUUGUGGGACCAGUUCACGUGGGGUUUUGUUCCUAUUUUAAGCAGGCUCUCUUCUAAGGGACAAUGAAAUGGGUUAUAAAAAAACUAGAGUAAUAUACUUGUUUGUAUAGUUUGAUCAUCCUGUUUUUUGAGGAGGUGGGGUUGUGAGUUGAGGUGGGGGGUUAUGGGUGUGAGAAUAUUAGUAGAUAACAAAUGUGUGUUUUAGCUUUCUUUCAACGCGUAGGUUGAUCACAAUUUCCAUUAACACAUCAGAUUUGAUUUGAAAAGUUGCAUAGCAUUUGUUUUGGAAAAGUUCCUCGAUGGACCGUUUUAACGAAAAUUCCCGCCAACUAGGUUUUCAACAUCAUUCGCACUUUUCCAUGUUCAUCGGAGACCACACUUCAACUAUGAUAUCUAACUGUUCUUUUUUUUUUUUGGUCAUACGAUAGAAGAACCUAUUUUUACCCAACCCCAACAAUGGGUAUCAUACUCAUCUCCAUAAGAUUUGAACCCACAACCUCACAGUACUUAGUACUGCUACACAACCAUUGGGCUAACUGCCCUGGUUUAUCUAACUGUUCUUCACCUUGCUUCGCUUGUGACUUCAGGCCUUUACUAAUAAUGUGAUCAGAACUCUCUUUGCUUUUUGAACUUAGUGUGGUUAGAAACAUAGAACUCUCUCGAGUUUCUAUCUUGCUCAAGUUCGGUGAAUUUGUUGAUUUGUCAUGGAGUUCUAUGCUUGUUCCAAAUGAGUUUUAAAUACAAGGAGCUUCGAAAUGGAGAUUUUCUUUACCAUGAGAAGGCAUUCAUAGAGGGAAAAAGAAGCAUUAAGGAAUUUUAUGUGGAGACUACCACAAAUUAGAUAGUACGUUCUGAUACAAUAAGAUACGCUUCUGGCUCCAAAGAGAAUUCUUUAAUGCCCUGAUGCUUUCUGUUUACUUUUUCAGUUCAUCAAUUUCAAUUUGAAAGGAAAUGGACGGAAGAUACCCUCCUUAUGGAUAUCCUCCACGGGGAUAUCCCCCUCAGGGUUACCCACCGGCUGAAUAUCCUCCUCCUGCGGGAUACCCACCACCUGAUUAUCCUCCCCCGGGUGGAUACCCACCAUCAGCAUAUCCUCCCCCAGGUGGCUACCCACCAUCACCGUAUCCUCCCCCAGGUGCAUAUCCACCAGUAUAUCCUCCCUCGGAGGCAUAUCCGCCAGCUUAUCCUCCCCCAGGUCAAUACCCAACAGCUCAACCUUAUCCUUCCCCGAGUGGAUACCCACCAGCAGGUUAUGCUAGUCCAUCGGCUCCGCCAAUUUCAGUUAUACCAUGCAAAUUGCAAAGUAUGAAAGUACCAAUAACGUACGAGAUAAAGGCCAUGGACUUGGUAUGGGAACAAUGCAAGCUGGGGAUAAAGGCCAUGGACUUGGCAUGGGAACACUGCUAGCUGGGGGUGCUGCUGCUGCGGCUCUUGCUUUUGGAGCUCAUCACAUGUCCCAUGGUCACCAUCACCAGUCCCAUGGUCACCAUCAACAGCACCAUGGUCACCAUCACCACGGUCACCAUCACCAUCACAAGCAUGGCAAGCACUGGAAAUAGUCAUAUUUCAGAAAGCCUACGGGAAAGUUAAUGAGGGUUCAAGAAACGGAAUUCAUUCCCGUGUGCGGCUUAUUGUUCUACUGAUUCCUGUGUGCGGCUACACUAUCACACCUUUUACCGGACACCAUAAUUGUUUCCUGUUGUUUCUGUUUAGGCUGGCACUGAUUUUCCUCUUUCCUUCUGUAUGUCCUGCUAUUACUGGCUAUUUGAUGUAGUAACUUUUUGUGUUAACUGUCAAGCUUAUGAAAUUAAAGACAUGGGUGUGUUUCCUGUGCUUCUCAA